AUGGGGACUGUCAGGAUAGGAUAUAUGGUGGCUAAGGAGUUGCAACAAGUAAGGACAGAAGUAGGAGUGCAGCAGGAGAAGAGUAGUAGAAAUGAGCAAGGAACUGAGGUGUGGAAAUUCCUAUGGGAUCUUAAUAUGAAACAUAAACUUAAGCAUUUUAUAUGGAAACGACUGCAAAAUAUUUUGCCAGUUAAUGAGGUGAUCAAAAGAAGGGUUGGAAGAGGAUCUGAGUUGUGUGCUUGCUGUGGGGAACAACCUGAAACUGUGGAACAUAUGUUUUUCUAUUGUAAACACGCAGAGUUGAUAUGGAAAGCUUCACCAAUUCAGUGGGAUGGUUUACUGGAGUUCAGGAAAAGUGUUUGGUUAUGGUGGAAUAGUUUAAUGGAGGCAAAGGCAAGGGAUGCGGGGAAGGAACACAUUUGCCUCACAGUGAAUUUACUUUGGCAAAUUUGGAAGUCUAGAAAUAGAGUUCAGUUUGAGAGAGAGGUUGGGUGUCCAGGAAUAGUAGGAAUGAAGGCAGUGCAGGAAUGGAAUGAAUAUGAGGUAGCCCGGCACAAAGAUGAGAGGAAGGUAUGGGAGGAAAAGAUUAAGCAGAAAGCUCCAACAGAGUGGCUGCCUCCAGUAGAAGGUUUUGUUAAGUUGAAUGUGGAUGCAGCGCUGAGCACAGUAAAAGGGGUAGUAGGGUGGGGAGUGGUUGCAAGGCAAGAGAAUGGAGGAAUGCUGAAAGCUUGGGCUGGGAGGGGCGAAAGGUAUACUGAAGCUGUGGUGGAGGAAGCAAAUGCCAUUCUAAUAGCACUUGUCAAAGCUGGAAGGAUAGGGCGAAGGAAGGUUAGGGUCCAAUCUGAUUGCAAAGGAGUGGUGGAGAGCAUCAGAAUAGGCUGCAGACAGGAUCCGAAGGUGGGAGCAAUUGUAGAAGAUAUUCUUAGGUUGAAGGACCAGUUUGAGAACUGUUACUUUUCCUUUGUCAAAAGGGAAGGAAACUGUGUGUGUCAUUAUUUGGCAAAAUUUGCCAUGCAUGUGACAAGUGAUAUUGAGUGGGAAGAGUUUUUCCCAAUUUGGUUAGUAAACCUAGCCAAGAAAGAUGUACGAGACAUUGCUCACCCUAUGUAG